AUGCCUCCUGGUUCAUCCCUUACCUGUAUCGUCUCACCUGAUGAAGAAUCCCACGCCAACCAUCAUAUUCUUCCUAACAAUGUUUACAAUCAAACCGGACAGCUCCUAAACUUUUCCGAUUCUUUUUCACAACAGCAACAGCAGCUAUAUCAUGACCACAGUCACCAGUUUUCAUUCUUUGAUGGCCAGCGCGAUCACGCACACCAUACUUCUGCAGACAGGAGCAGCUUGUACCAACAGGAUACGGCUGGCUAUGACGCUACCACUGCCAUGAUGAUGAACAGCAGCAGCUUCAACAUGUACGGCUCCAGCACUAACUUGAAGAAAAAAGAAACCAAUAAUGCUGAAUUGCCUCCACUGCCACCUGAUAUUACUUCAACCUAUUUUGGGACUUCAAAUGAGCCGCCCCUACUUUCAGAUGUGGGGUGUGAUAUUCUCAAUGGCAUGAGUUUUCUUGAGUUGUCGGAGGGUGGCCGCCCAAGUUUCAGCGGAUCACCAUCUGUUGAUCCGUACGACAACCCUGUCAUUAGUUCUGCUACAGCAAAUUACUCAGGGUUCAACACAGAGUCACCUGGAAGUUGUGAUUUUGUGCAUCAAUCUUUUACUUCUCUUGGUUACGAUUAUGGUUAUGGGGCUAGUGACGCGUCCACCACCAGCGACUUGUCCAGCUUGCCAUGGUUUUGA